AUGGCGAAUACCGCCCUCAACUUCAUUACCUUUAAUCAGGACCAUAGCUGUCUAGCCGUUGGUACUUCCAAGGGCUUCCGAAUUUACCACACCGACCCGUUCUCCAAAAUCUUCAGCAGCGACGAUGGCAACAUUGCUAUUAUUGAAAUGCUAUUCUCGACAUCUCUUGUCGCCCUGAUCCUAUCCCCUCGACACUUGAUAAUACAAAACACAAAGAGAUCCUCAGUCAUCUGCGAACUUACCUUUCCAUCAGCCGUGCUCGCCGUGCGUCUCAACCGGAAACGUCUCGCCGUCGUUCUCGAGUCCGAAAUCUACUUAUAUGAUAUUUCUAAUAUGAGCCUUCUCUUCACGAUUCCCACGUCUCCCAACCCUGGCGCAAUUUGCGCUCUAUCACCGUCUUCAGAGAACUGCUACAUUGCGUACCCUUUACCGAAACCUCGGGAGGACUCAGGAGACAAAAGACCAGCCCAUGCGCCUCCCCUCUCAACAUAUGUUGCACCGACAUCAGGAGAGGUUUUGGUGUUCGACACGCUCACAUUGAAGGCUGUGAAUGUAAUUGAGGCUCAUCGUUCACCACUGUGCUGCAUCUGCCUCAAUAGUGAAGGAACGCUCUUGGCCACAGCAAGCGAGACUGGUACCAUCAUCCGCGUCUUCUCGGUCCCUGGAGGUCAGAAACUUUACCAGUUCCGCCGAGGAACCUAUCCCUCCACCAUUUACAGCAUGUCUUUCAACCUCAGCUCUACCCUUCUCUGCGUUUCCUCAACUUCCGACACAGUUCACAUCUUUCGUCUCGGAGCCCCUCCUCCAGGCAACAAUUCCGCCGCCGCCGCAGCAGAGACGCCUGCUUCACCUCGUCAGGAUCGCUGGUCGAGGUCACGCAGCUAUGACAGCAACAAUGAGUCGCCUGUGGGGAGUGCGGCUGGUUCUCCACGAAGCGACUUGGCGGAACCCGCUGGGCUCGGUAACGGCGGCUCUUCUCAUCCUCAGCAACAGAUCAACAGACGGCAAAGUGGCUCCUUUAGUAGCAUGCUUCGGCGCUCGUCGCAGAUUAUGGGUCGCAGCGUGGCCGGUGUCGUUGGCUCAUACUUGCCGCAGACGGUAACAGAGAUGUGGGAGCCGCUCAGAGACUUUGCGUACAUCAAGAUUCCAAAGUCUUCUAACUCACCGACGGGCCAAGCCCGUGGGAACAACAAUGGGGGCGCGUCGCAGCCGCUGACUGGCCCGCUUCGAAGUGUCGUGGCCAUGAGCAGCAGCAGUCCUCAAGUGAUGGUAGUCACUAGUGACGGUGGCUUUUAUGUGUACAACAUUGACAUGGAGCAUGGCGGCGAGGGCUACCUGGUUAAACAAUUCUCGUGA